AUGCGAGAAUCGGCUGGCAGGAUGGCCGAACUAGAGUUCGAAGCACCGCUUGCCCAAAUCGAAGAGGCAGACGAUUGCUUUUCAACCUCGGACUAUCCACAGAAGACCAUAAAUGGUAAUGACAUACGUCUCAACAACAUUAAUAAUCUUAAAAAUGAUAUGGUGAAAAUGAAAAUGGACUCCAAUAAACUCAACGACAAUGACGAGCCUAAACCGGUGAAGUGUAAACAGGACAAUUUGCAAAACUGUGAAGGAGAUAAUUUCACGGAGACUUUCUCCGGCUCGCUUGAAGAUUUGGUGAAUACGUUCGACGAGAAAAUCACAAAGUGCUUCGGGAACUACGAAGAGAGCGUAGAAAAGCUAGCACCAGUCCAAGUUCGUUCUCAAGAGGAAAUAAUGAAUGAAUGCCAAAUGUGGUGGACAAUAACUGGAAAUUUCGGGAACAUACUCCCUAUAGACUGGACAAAAUCCUUCUCGAGGAAGAUGCACAUCCCUACACUAAAUCUGAGUGACAAAAAGAAGCCACGCGGUAAGGAGCGGGCGUCGAGGCUGCCACUCGGUGCGAUGACUCCUGACGAUGAAAUCCAUAGUUCGGAGGAUGAGGCGGUCGCUUCUGAUCUUGAUAUGCACGCUCUUAUACUGGGAGGCUUGCAUCAGGAUCACGAAUGCCCGGUGAAGACUGCUGAUGAGGUGAUUCAAGAAAUUGAUGACAUGAUGCAAGAGACUCCAUCAUCCGAGGGUGACUUGAUAGAAUACAACGAGGCUCUGGAGAAAGGAAAGGAAGUACUCAGCUCGCCUCUCUACGAAGACAAACUUCGUCAGCUAAGUCUAUCCCAGCUCAAUGAAAUCUUUAUGGAGCUGGAAGUGUUGAUACGUGAGUUUUCGGAGACGCUCAUCGCUGAACUGGCCCUACGCGAUGAACUGGAGUAUGAGAAGGAACUCAAGAACACCUUCAUUUCCCUACUGCUGGCCGUCCAGAACAAGAGACGACAGCAUCACGUCGAGAAGAAGAAGCGACCCGGCGCUCCAAGGUCGCCUAACUUGAAUACUACUCACUCUGAACCUAAGUACUUGACAACUGUGAUACCUUUCCACUUGGAGAAUGGGACUCCGGACAACCAAUCACUGCAGGUCCUUAUAAAGAUACUGAAAGCCAUCAACGAAGACAGCCCUACUGUCCCGACUCUUCUUACAGAUUACAUCCUGAAAGUACUUUGUCCGACAUAA